GAUUAUCUCUUCAGUUCUGCUUUUGCUUUAAUUUCUUUCUUUUGUUAAAAACUUUGUUUGCAAAAGAGAUAACAGCUAGCAUGAGUUUGGUUCUGGUUUGGGUAGGUAGAAUGAUAGUAUGGCUUGCUUUGUAUCUUUGGAGGAGGUAUUCUGUGGAAGAAGUUGAUUGUUUAGUAGGUUCUUCUGUCACCAAUUCAAAGGAGCAAUCUUGAAUGACCAAGCACUGCCAGAGGAUCUUUAGCCUCACUCUGCCUUCCUUUCAUCCCAAGCUCAUGAUGCUUGCUUUCAUCUACCCCACCAAGACUUUGAAGGCCUGCUUCUUAAGUCCACUCUACAUUAAACCACCAGAGGAUGUGCGACCUGUUGUUAACAGGAGUAAUUCCUUCCUUGCUUUUCUUCAUCUGCAAGCUUAGCAGCUCUCCUUUGUAGUGUUAUUUCAAGUGUUAUGUUUCUGUGUUACUGUUUUUGCUCAUGUUUUGUGUUUUGAUGGUCUGUAAGCUACAUUAUAUUUCUGGUUAAUAUAGUAGGUAUGUUUUA